AUGCGUCAGAGGAGAUGGAUGAAGUACCUCAAGGAUUUUGACUUUGAUUUGAAGUAUCAUCCUGGUAAGGCUUAUAAGGUAGCAGAUGCCUUAAGUAGGAAAGAGAUUAAAGUUGCAGAAUUGAUGAUGUUAGAGUUUGGCCUUAUGGAGAAGUUUAGAAAUCUGGAUUUACAAUUUGAAUGGGCACUAACGGGUGUGUUAGUUAGUAACCUUUGCAUUGAGAAUGAGCUGCGGGAAAGAAUCCGUCAGGCACAAUGGAAUGAUGAAGAGUUACAAGCUAAAGCAAACCUUCCAGAUUUUACCUGUGCACAUGAUGGGCUUAUCCUUUAUAGGCAGAGAAUGUGUGUACCCAAUGACGGUGAGAUAAGAAGAUUAAUCUUGGACGAGGCCCACAAGAGCGGAUUUACCAUUCAUCCCAGAUCAACCAAGAUUUAUCAGGACUUGAAAGGGGGUUUUUGGUGGCCCGGUGGCUAUGACUCGAUAUGGGUGACAGUGGAUCUUUUGACCAAGUUCGCGCAUUUCUUACCAGUUAAUACAACUCACAAGGUUUCUCACCUUGCGAGGCAUUUUGUAGUGGAAGUUGUAAGAUUGCACGGUGUACCUUCUAGCAUUGUGUCGGAUAGGGAUCCAAAGUUCACUUCCCGAUUUUGGAAAGCUUUUCACCAAGAUAUGGGUACAGACCUGAAUUUGAGUACUUCUAACCACCCUCAGAUGGAUGGACAGACGGAAAGGACUGUCCAGACCAUUGAAGACAUGUUGAGGGCGCGUGUUUUGGAAAGUGGUGGAAGUUGGAAGGAUAACUUUCCUUUGAUAGAAUUUGCGUAUAACAACAGUUAUCAUGCGAGUAUCGGUAUGUCUCCGUAUGAAGCCUUGUACGGAAGGAAAUGUCGGUCGCCUUUGUGUUGGUCCGAAGUUGGUGAGAGAGGAAUUCUUGGACCAAAGAUAAUUCAAGAAAUAACGGAGAAGGUUAAGAUGAUCCGAGACAAGAUGAAACAAGCCCAAGAUCAGCAGAAGAGUUAUGCGGAUAAGCGGAGGAGGCCCUUGGAAUUUGACAAAGGAGAUCAUUUGCGGAAGUUUGUGCCGGAUUCAUUUCAUCAUAUCCUACCAGAUACGAUUGAAGUAGAGCCAUAUCUUUUGUUCCAACCACAACCAUGUCACGUCCUGGAAUAUGCUAGUAAAUCUUUGAGAAGCAAGAAAAUAACUCUUGUCAAGGUGUUGUGGGAGGAGUCGCGUCCUCACAAAGCUACUUGGGAGCUCGAAGCAGAGAUGCAGGAAUUGUAUCCUCACCUAUCUUGGUAA